AUUCAUGCUCUUUAAGGUGACGUCGGCCGCCGCCGGUGGGAUUUCUUAGCUUAUAGUAAAAGCCCGUCUCUCCGUAGAAAAGUCCUCCAUUGUCCCGAACCCAAAAUCAGCUUUCUUUACCUGCGAGCAGAGGUGUCGGAUUUGAUUUUCCGUCUCCUUCACCUUUCGAUAAAUAGAUCAAAUACCCAUUUACUAUAUACUAUACGUCGUACAUCCGGAAGUCAAUCUUCGAUCUCAGAGUAGUCGUCGGUUAUUGCUUGUUCCUCGGUGGAAGCUUGUGGCCAGACCAACCGAGCACGAAGCUUGUUUUUUUAUCUUAGCGUGGCGCAAACGAAAACAGGCACAAACAUCUGAGCCCUCAAUUGGAAAGGAUCAUAUAGCCGCGGGCCUCUUCCUGCCCUCAAGUCGUCGACUCCUUCUACUUCAACGACGAUUCACACACCCUUUUACCACGGUCACCUAUCAAACAUCCGCCAGGUCCAGCCAUGUCAGCAUCUUCGCAACAGGGCGACCUUGCCGCCGUCAAAGACACGGUGCGCGACUCUUCCACAAAGACCCUCGGCAGCACGAUCCCCCACAUCCCAGAGUCCAAGGAGGAGCUCAAGACCGAGGCCAAGGCUGCGGCCUCGGCGGGUGCUGCGCAACUGCGUUCGUUCGCGGCGGGCGGCUUCGGAGGCGUCUGCGCCGUCGUCGUGGGCCAUCCCUUUGACCUCGUCAAGGUCCGCCUGCAAACGGCCGAGAAGGGCGUCUACUCGUCUGCCAUCGAUGUCGUCCGGAAGAGCAUCGCGCGCGAUGGUAUGAGAGGCCUGUACGCAGGAGUGAGCGCGCCGCUCGUUGGUGUCACCCCCAUGUUUGCCGUCUCGUUCUGGGGUUACGACCUUGGCAAGACUCUUGUACGCAGCGCGACGUCUAACCGAGACGGUCCCCUCUCCAUAGCGCAAAUCUCUGCCGCCGGCUUCUUCUCCGCCAUACCAAUGACUGCCAUCACGGCACCCUUUGAGCGCGUCAAGGUUAUCCUGCAGGUCCAGGGUCAGAAGCAGCUCGCACCCGGUGAGAAGCCGCGCUACAGCGGUGGUGUCGAUGUCGUACGUCAGCUUUACAAGGAAGGCGGAGUGCGGUCCGUCUUCCGUGGUAGUGUGGCGACGCUGGCGCGUGACGGCCCCGGGUCGGCGGCGUACUUUGCCGCGUACGAGUACAUCAAGAGGAAGUUGUCGCCCGUCGACCCCGUCACUGGCAAGCCGAGCGGGGAGUUGAGCCUGAUGGCCAUCACAUGUGCCGGUGCGGCGGCUGGAGUCGCCAUGUGGAUCCCGGUCUUCCCUGUCGACACCGUCAAGAGCCGACUGCAGACCGCCGAGGGCAAUGUCACGAUUGGUGGUGUCAUCAGGGGCCUCUACGCCAAGGGUGGCUACAAGGCUUUCUUCCCGGGCUUCGGACCGGCUCUGGCAAGGGCGGUCCCGGCCAACGCUGCGACGUUUUUGGGUGUUGAGCUGGCGCACCAAGCCAUGAACAAGGUGUUUGACUGAAACAAGCCGGCUGUUUUGUUUCCGUGAUGGGGUUGAAAGUUGGUCGUACAGGAAAUUUAGCAUGCUGCAACGUGUGGGAUACGGCACAUAGGGCGCAUCCUUGUUCAGUUACACUGUAACUUGAGGAUACAACAUCCCGACCUUCUGGGUUGAAUGUCUUAUAGAUCGACUGCUUAGCAGAUAUACACAGCGUUGAAUUCCCUAGCUAGAGCUCUUGCUCAUUAUUUUGUAUCUAUCAAGCCAGUACUCUCUCAAAGUCCUGAGGAGGUGGUUCAUUUAUUAUGAAAUCCCAAGAAUAUCUAUGGCUCCAUGAGUUGCUCGCGCAUAAUACACCACUUGUCCCAUUCAUCAGUCCACAAACUUCCCACCACACAUGACGCAUCUGAC